CUCUCAUAUACAUAGGGAAUUGAUAAUUUCAAGAUGAAAAUCUCCCUAUUAUUUCUAAUCCCGGCGUUAGUGAAUGCCUGGUCUCCAACCAACUCUUAUGCCCCUGGUAGAAUUGAAUGUCCCUCGGAUAAAAGACUCACCCGUGUAGCUGAAGGCUUAUCGUCCGAGGAACAUGCUUGGCUCGAAGGAAGAAACCCAGUAACCCAAGCAAAUCUCAUUAAAUUUUUGCAAAAUGCAAACAUGACCGAUUUUGAUGCACAACUGUUUGUGGAAAAUGCUAAAAAGAAUAUCACCAUUGGACUUGCAUUUUCGGGAGGUGGAUACCGUGCCAUGCUCUGUGGGGCCGGUCAGUUGGCAGCCUUGGACAGCAGAACCACCAAUGCCGACGCUUCCGGGUUGGGUGGUCUUUUACAGGCUUCCACGUACCUUGUAGGACUUUCUGGUGGUAACUGGCUUGUGGGGACCAUAGCCAUGAACAACUUCACUUCAGUGGAAAAAAUUGUAGAUGAUGGUAAGAUUUGGGAUUUAGAAAGAUCAAUCAUUAACCCCGCUGGUUGGAAUGUAGUGAAAUUGUAUAAAUAUUAUAAUGGGAUUUCUGAUGAUUUGAAUGCUAAGAAGGACGCUGGAUUUGAUCUCAGUCUUACUGAUACUUGGGCAAGAAUGCUUUCUCAUCAAUUUUUCAGUGAAUUGAACGAUACUGGUGCUGCCUUGACCUGGUCAACUCUCCAAGAAAGUGACCCAUUCACCAACCAUGAAAUGCCAUUCCCCAUUGUCGUAGCCGAUGGUAGAACGCCAAACUCUUACAUCAUCAGUGGGAACUCUACAGUCUUUGAAACCAAUCCGUUUGAGUUAGGUUCUUGGGACCCUUCUGUUUAUCAAUUUACAAAGGUCAAAUACUUGGGGACAAACACCACUGAUGGUGAGCAUAAUGGGACUUGUGUCGGUGGGUUUGAUAACGCUGGUUAUGUCAUGGGGACCUCAUCCACAUUAUUCAACCAAUUUGUUCUUCAGAUCAACACAACUUCCAUUGUUGGUGCCCUUAAGGAUUUAAUUACUCAUUUCUUAAAUGAUGUUUCUAAAGCAGAAAAUGAUAUUGCCAUUUAUAAGCCAAACCCAUUCCAUAAAACUGAUGAAGGUACCAUUAGUCUGAUUGCACAGAAUGAUACUCUUUACCUUGUUGAUGGUGGAGAAGAUCUUCAGAAUGUCCCAAUCUACCCAUUGAUUCAACCAGAACGUAAAGUGGAUGUCAUCUUUGCGUAUGAUAACUCUGGUGAUACUGAUCAAUAUUGGCCCAAUGGUGCCUCAUUGGUCGCCACCUAUGAAAGACAAUUCUUGACCCAAGGUAAUGGAACUUAUUUCCCGCAUGUUCCAGACGUGAAUACUUUUAGAAAUUUGAAUUUAACUGCCAAGCCUGCCUUUUUUGGAUGUGAUGCUAAGAAUCUUUCUCUGUUGUUCAAUAGCCCACCCACCAAUGUGUCGACCAAUGUAACCAGCAGCGUCUACGAUAUUCCAUUGGUUGUUUACACUGCCAACAGACCGUUUAGCUUCUGGUCUAAUACUUCAACCUUUGACAUGGAUUAUACUGACGCACAAAAGAAGGGUAUGAUUCGUAAUGGGUAUGAAGUAUCAUCAAGACUUAACAAGACUCUUGAUAGCGAAUGGGCCGCAUGCGUUGGAUGUGCCAUUAUUAGAAGAGAACAAGAGAGACAAAGCAUAGAACAAUCAGAGCAAUGUAAGAGAUGUUUCGCAAGAUAUUGUUGGAAUGGAGAAUUAGAUUCUUCUGAUGCUGGAGUAAAUUUCACUACGGACGGGACUACAAACGGACCAGAGAAUGAUGGUAACCGUACUGUAUCUGCAGGGUUGUCCAUUACUAUCCAAGCCGGUAACACCAGUGUAUUUAAGGCUAUUGGGUAUGCACUUUUGUGUAUCCUCGUUUUGGGAUUCUCCAUUUAGGUGUGAAGUAGCAGUAAUAAAAAAAGAAGAAUAUUAAUAAUAUGAAUAAAUGAUAUGAGU